AUUAAUGUAAAGAGCCUACUUUUUUAUUUUAAAUUUUCACAUACUGAUGAGCCUCUCUAUAUUUAAAAGGGAAUUCCUCAAGUCACAGAUUCUCUCACUUAGCUCAAUCAAAGAGAAGAUGGAGAGAGAAGGAAGAAGAAAAGAAGAAGAAGAAGGAAUUUCUUAUUAUCUUUGGAUCCCUUUUAAGUUCAUUUACCAAACUCUCCGAUCUCUCUUACUCAAGCUGUUCGGUCUCCGAUCUCCUUCUCAUCAUAAUAUUCAGGAAGAGGAGGAGGAGGAGGAAGAAGUUGAGGUUGUGGAAGUGUCGUCGAGGGGACUUCCGGUGAAACCAAAACUACUGAAAAAGUCCAGAGCCAGUUCCGGCAAGCCGGGAGGUACCAACAAGAAGCCUUCCUAGUUUUAUUUAACUAAGUAUAAUAAUUUACGGAGAUAUUCUUGCGUACAUGCAUUUUCUUCUGAUUAGUAGUAUAAGAAAAUGAAAAAAAAAAAGAUUUCUCUCUUUUUCUGUGAUUAUUGUAUAAUUCUUAAAGAUUUGUAAGUUCUCCGAAACCAUCCUUUUUUUUUCCUUUUUAAAAGACACGAUAAUAAGAGAACGUGGUACUGUAUUUGGUGAGAAAGUUGUAAGAAAAAAAAAAAGAACCUCCUUUACGAAAGAAAAAAAGUUGUAAGAAAGUAACACUA